AUGAAGUGCAGCCAGGAGAUCAUCGAAAAGCUGGAUCCGAGCCAGAGAAGUAAUAACUACAUAUAUUCCUGUGAAGGAGAUUUCAACUGGAGACUUGGUACACUUGGAUACACGGAGGACAGUAUAAUACAGGGCCCCUCCCUCAAUGGAGAACGGCUCUCACUUGAUAUCACACACAUUCAAAGUGGCAAAACUGUGCUAGAAUUCUUCGCAUCAAACGGUUUUACCCUUCUUAACGGCCGCACACCUAGUGACACUCCAGGGCACUUCACGUUCUCCAAUAAAAAUGGUCAAAGUGUCGUCGACCUAACCUGGGUUAACAACGAUGGUCUUCAUUUAGUUAAAGACAUGUGGGUUGACGAACUAGUUUUCAAGUCUGAUCACUUCCCUAUUACCAUUGAAAUCUAUCCCAAUUAUAACGCAAUCACAGCGGAGUCAGAGUUCGACCAAAGAGCUGCCAGACCUAUUCAAUACAAACUAUGCUGGAAGAAGGACAAGAAGAAUACUUACAAGCACUUAAUGGCUUGGUCUCCACGGGUCACUGGUGAUUUUACUCAUUCGUAUACUGACGUACUUUGCAACAACCUAUAUUCCGCCAUCUUAGAUGCUGCCAAUGAAGGUCUCCCAAUUCAACCGAUAUUUAACCCUUCUAAGAGAGUCUUCCGCAAGCCCUGGUACAACACUGAGUGUGCUGCCGCCAAGGAUGCCGUCAAAGCCUCUCUAGCCCAGUGUAAGGCAUCACAACAACGUUGGUCAAUAUACCACGACAUAAAAGCUGAGUACUACACGUUACUAAGAAACCGUCGCUCUGAGUUUGAGCUACAGAUUCGCAAAAAGUUCAGAAAUGUACGCAACGCAGUGGAGUUCUGGUCUGUGGUGAACUCAGCUCGUAAAACUGUCUUACAGCCUUCUCAAAUAUUACUCGAACAAUGGGAAUCUUUUUACCGUGGCAUAUACCUCCAAUUUCCAGCACCUGACUACUUAUAUUUGGGUCCAUCAGACCCUCUGCUAGACGAAGACAUCACACUGGAAGAAUUAAUCCACAGUUUGACUAAAUCCAGGUUGGGUAAAGCUCCUGGUGCCGACGGUAUACCUAAUGAAUUUUACAAAGCACUACCAAAUAACUGGAAGCUCUACCCGGUGGUUCUGUUUAAUAAAAUUCUGCGCACUGGCUCAACCCCCAUAGAAUGGUCUCACAUCAUAAUGUGUAUGCUCCAUAAGAAGGGCGACCCGUUGAAUCCCAAUAACUAUCGGAGCAUUGCUCUGGUAAACAGUCUCGAAAAAAUCUUCACGCAGAUCAUCCACGAAAGAAUCCGCACUUGGGCCAACUCUUGCAACAUCAUUUGUGAGGAACAAGCCGGCUUCCAAUCUGGCCGUGGUUGUGAGGACAAUUUUUUCUCACUUCUAGCACUGUUACAAAUGCAACUUCGCUUCAAAGACACUACUACCUACGCACUCUGCAUAGACUUCAAACGUGCAUUUGACUCAGUACCACGCCUAAAACUCUGGGAAAAUCUUAUUGACCUUGGUCUCAGCCCUAAGUGUGUGAACUUGUUGAUGAAAUUAUACGAGCAAUUGAAAAUGCGGGUAAGAAACAACGGUAACCUUUCAGACUUCAUCAACAUUACUGAGAGCGUAUUACAGGGCGAGGUAUUUAGUCCUCUGCUGUUUUGUCUUUACAUUAGUGAUAUAGUACGGUUCUUCAAGAAAAAAGGUGCCGAGGGCUUGUUUGCUGGCUUAACAGAGGUGCUAUUACUGCUAUAUGCCGACGAUAUUGUUCUAGUGGUCUCCACUGAAGUCAGACUUCGCAAAAGCCUGGCAAUACUCGAGGAAUACUGUCGGGUAAAAAGUUUAACGGUAAAUACCGAUGAGACGCAAAUACUAGCGUGUAAAGCUACCGGGAGAACCCCAAGAAUCCGCAGUAAAUUCAUGUUCAACGGUAAAGAAUUAUCAGUAGUUUCUAAUUACGAAUACCUAGGUACAAAAAUCUGCACGUCUCUCAAGGGCAACCUCGCAGCCACAUAUGCCACAAAAAAAGGAAAGUCGGCAAUCGGAACUGUGCUAAACAUCACUAAAAACUUCAAAGGAGACUCCUGGCUAGACGCAGUGAAGCUUCACAACAGCAUUGCACGUGCAACUGUCACCUACCUCGCACAUCUCAGUUGCCUGAGUCUUGACUGCAUGGAACAGCCAGAAACAUCACAACUAUACUUUUAUAAGCGCCUACUAUCACUGCCCAUGUGUACCCCCGGAUAUGCCAUCAGACUUGAACUCAAUCUCGACCAAACAGCCGUCUGCAUCCUGAAGGCCGCUAUCAACUGGAUUAUCAAAGUGCUCAGAACACAUUCCCGAACACAGGCUUCCUUUAAUCUGCCUGCGCAAACUCGUAGCCUUGAACGCCACACCUUACUUCCAAGCUGA